AUGACAGGACACCCCGGACACCCCUCGCCAACGCCAACACCAGUUCCCAUAUACAGCGAAGCCCCAGAAGCCGUCUAUCCAACCCAUCCAACCCAAGGCCCCGUGAGCCCACAUUCCGACCAUUCUCACACCGGACAAUCCCUCCCAGACGCCCUGCACUCCAGCUACACCCCAACACCCAUAAACGGCCCUUCAGAAAAAGAAUACCCCUUCCAACCCGACUCCAUCGGCCAAGCACCAGCCUACGACGCGACAUCAAUGGCUGCUCCACCCGAGAAGGCGUACGCAGGUCAGCCCCUGACCGAGUACCCAGAAGCACAAACACAACCUCAGCAGUUCUACACGCCUUCCGGCCAUCCCAGUGGAUAUGUCACGGCCGUACCGCUACACGCCGUCCAGUCUGCGCCGUGUCCGGUUGACUGUCCUGUUUGUGGAAAGCGGGAGAUGACCCGUGUUGAGCCUGUGAGCGGUGGGACCACACAUGGCUGGGCUGCUAUUCUUUGCUUUUGUUGCUGUCUCGGCUGUAUCCCGUACUUGAUGUCAUCGCUUAAGGAUGUUGAGCAUUCUUGUGGGAAGUGUGGUGCUAAACUUGCGAAAUGGCAUAAUAGUGGCCGUGUAGAUGUCUUGCAGAAUGGGGCGAGGAAGUAA